AGAGCAGCCCAUCUUCACCACCCGAGCGCACGUCUUCCAGAUCGACCCCAGCACCAAGAAGAACUGGGUGCCUGCGAGCAAGCAGGCCGUCACCGUUUCCUACUUCUACGAUGUCACAAGGAACAGCUACCGGAUCAUCAGUGUGGAUGGAGCCAAGGUGAUCAUAAACAGCACAAUCACACCGAAUAUGACCUUCACCAAAACGUCGCAGAAGUUUGGGCAGUGGGCCGACAGCAGAGCCAACACAGUGUUUGGUCUGGGGUUUUCCUCUGAGCAGCAGCUGACAAAGUUUGCAGAGAAAUUUCAGGAGGUAAAAGAAGCUGCCAAACUGGCCAGAGAAAAGUCCCAGGAGAAAAUCGAGACCACGAGUAAUCAUUCCCAGGCAUCCAGCGUGAACGGGACAGACGAUGAAAAGGCCUCUCACGCAGGUCCAGCCGACACGCACCUCAAGUCUGAGAACGACAAGCUGAAGAUCGCGCUGACGCAGAGUGCUGCCAAUGUGAAGAAAUGGGAGAUAGAGUUGCAGACCCUGCGGGAGAGCAACGCCCGGCUGACCACGGCGCUGCAAGAGUCGGCAGCCAGUGUGGAGCAGUGGAAGAAGCAGUUCUCCAUCUGCCGGGAUGAGAAUGACCGGCUCCGCCACAAGAUUGACGAGCUAGAAGAACAGUGCAAUGAGAUAAACAGAGAAAAAGAGAAGAAUUCGCAGCUGAAGCGGAGAAUCGAAGAACUAGAGUCAGAACUCCGAGAGAAGGAGACGGAGUUGAAAGAUCUCCGAAAACAAAGUGAAAUCAUACCUCAGCUCAUGUCAGAGUGUGAAUAUGUCUCUGAGAAGUUAGAGGCAGCAGAGAGAGACAAUCAGAACCUGGAAGACAAAGUGCGGUCUCUAAAGACGGACAUUGAGGAGAGUAAAUACCGACAGCGCCACCUGAAGGUGGAGCUGAAGAGCUUCCUGGAGGUGCUGGACGGGAAGAUCGACGACCUUCAUGACUUCCGCAGAGGCCUCUCCAAGCUGGGCACGGACAACUAGGGCGGUGGAGACCGGGAUGCUUGCAGAGCUGGCUGUGGGGUGGUCUGGAACACAGACAAACUACAGUGGACUCCGGACUCUACAUGCUGGCAGGUGACUGGCAGGAUGGACACUAUGCAGCCAUGGGGAAUGUAUUAUGUUUCUGUCUUUACCUUCUUGUACCACUCUGAAAAGAAAGUCCUGACUUACAAUCAGUUGUUAUAGCAGUGUCUUAUUAGGCAUGACAGGCAAGAAGAUGUUUCUUACAUCAACUGUAAGAAUUUAGUAAGUACAGGGUGGAUAAGUGGACUCUCCCAAGAAUUUUUCCCUUUAAAUGCUUUUUUUGGUAUAUGAAUAACAUAUACAUUUUAAAAGAAACUAAAGAUAAGUGAAAAGAAAAAAAUCACCUAUUAUUAUUCCAUCUGAUUAUAACCACUGUUAACAUUUCAGUGUUAUGUUCAGUAUAUGUUCACACUCUUUCCUAUGCAUAAAUAUGUGCUUGAUUACUUUUUCCAGGAAAUGUCAGAUUAUGCAUACUGUUCUCUAACUUGCCUUUCCCCCUUUUAACUCUAUAUUGUGAGUAUAUUUCUAUAUCAGUAUGUAAUUAUAUCCUUUUAAAUACCUGUGUAGGUCGUACCUUGGAUACUUAGGCUGUUUUCAGUUUUUUACUGUUGUAAUCAAGGACAUCAUGAAACUCUUCUGACAUCUUUCUAAACUUUCCAAAAUACCUAGGAUAAUUUUCUAAGAGGGAACUUUCUGGCUCAAACAUGUGCUUCUCCCUAUCUCUGGCCCUGUUCCUUCCUGGGCACGUAGGAGACUCUACUUUCUGGUGUCCCUGUAGUCAUUCAGAGUCUUACGACUAAUUCCAGCCAGUGAAAUGCGGGUAGAGACUAAAAUAUCCAUGUGCAGAGCCCCGGUGUCUGUUCCUGGCCGCUGCCCUCAGCCAUGUGGCCUCCUGGGUGGAGCCUCCCUCAGCCUGUGCCCCUGAGUGGGGGACUCUGUGGAGCUGACCUGCCCCUCACUCUCCCUCACCAGCAAUCUGCAUGGACCUGUAGUGGGAACAGAGAAUAUAAACCCUAAUGUUAUACCACAGGGGUUUCAGAAUUAAUUUGUUACUGCAGCAUAAUAGCCUAUUCUGCCUAAUGAUAAGAAAGGUAGGACAUUUUUAGGAGUUUUUAUUAUACAGGGUAUGAUAAAAAAAAUAGUGUGAAAUACACAUUACCAUUAAUUCCUCUCAAAAUAUUCCCCUCAAAUUAAUUCCCCUCAGAAUGUUCAGGUGACACACUUAUCUGACCGUCCUUGCCACUUUCUGAAGCAGUUCUGAAGUCCUCUUUCCUGAGUGUCUUUAGUCGCACUGUCAUGGCUGCCUUCA